CCGAUUGGCCUCUUUGUCUUCGAGCGAGCGUUGAUUGGUUGUUGCGGACGUUCGGCGCUGGUUGAUUGGUCAGUGGGCAUUUUAAGGUGUGGGUUGGGAUUUAGGUCUGUUGGUUUGGCGCCCCCGUGUGUCUGUCCUGGGAGUCAGGUGUGAUUUAAGCAAUCGGGGAAUCUUCUGCCUGUCAAAGCUUGUGUCCAGAAAUAUACAGAAGACGGAUGUAUUUACGAAAAAUACAGAUUGAAAACGCGGAACACAAUAAUUCAGUUAAUGCGAAAGAUAAAACAUGCUUUACGUGAACGCAAGAGCGCGUGAAAAGUUCACUUAUGACCCUGGAAAUGGUAGUUUGACAUAUUAACACAACUGGACUUGCAACUGGACCUCAAAUAGUUGUGGUUGAAAGCUCGGGGGAAAAGUAAUAAAUUGACCUUUAGGCGGCUAAUUCAUCUCAGCACAUUUAAAUUAUAGUUUGUAGCAAGACUGGGUGUGAAUUCAUCGAUAAACCUCUUAUCAUGCUACACAGUGACGCGGUUACAACAUUGUGUUCUUCUUUUGAGGAAUGUCGGAGAGCUGAAACAGCAUUUAGAGGACAGGGCAUUGACCCCUCCAGAAAUUUUUAAAACUUCCUGCCAUCUAAAACUUUUCUAAUUGUUCCUUAUUCGUAACCUACUAAAAAGUUAUUUUUCACAGGGCUUCUUUAUAGGAAUCAAUAAUAAAUUGUCAUUUUUAUUAACUCACAGUACACUGUGUUAAAACUAUGGAAAUGGUUAGUAGGCCUAUUAUAUUCCUAUAAUUUAACAGAAAAAAACAUAGUUUCAUAAAUUUACGUUAAUCAAUUUAAUGAGGGGCAACAUUUCUGUAUGGGCUACUUUGAUGAGAAAGGAUUAAGUCAUGCACCUGGUCAAAAAAUAGCACUGUGUAGUGAGUUAGUCAUGUCCUGAGGACCGGUAAAAGCUGUUGGCUGCCGUUUGGGGGCUUGGCCAUUCAUUUCCUGGCAAAAGCACUUGAGAAAUUCCCUGCACGUGAAGGAGGCGCAACCUUAAAUUGCUCAUUCAGCCUUCCCCCCGAGCUCUUCCUGUCCCGAAACAUCUUUUCCCAUUCAUUCACCAGGGUGGGUUCAUGUCCGAUCAGAAAUAGUAGACGCCGUAGUUGACCACGCAAACGCAGUAAGGCAACGAAGCUGUAUGAUAGCCUACUAAUGGAAAAAUGUAGGCUACUUACACAGAAUGACAGAGUAUGCAUAAAAGUAGCCUAUAGCUAUAGUUUAGAUUAAAACACCAGUAGAUAGGCUUCGUGUAGGCUACAAAUAAAAACAGUAGACCUAUCUGUAAAUGAGUCUAAAAAUCCACUGUAGGCUGUCGCAGGGGAAACUAUCAGAAACAUGCAAGAUGUUUAUUUGUUCUGUUCAUUCUGGUGCUUUUUGGUUCUCCUGUACUUAAAAAGUAGCAACCACUAGUUACUUUUAUCACCGGGUUUAUUUAUUUUUAUUCUUGUUACCGGUUUCACCGUUACAAACUUGCAAAGUGAAACUAACCUACUGCAUUUGAAUGCAGCACCCACCCCCAUAGCCCCACCAUUACCCCGCAAUGGGUCAGUUUAAAAUAAAGAGAAACUGAAAGCAAUCACGUUGCAUCAUCGGCUGUCUAGUGCCAAACCCCCUAUGCUCAAAAGCCAUCAGACACGCCGUCUGGGCGCCUCACUCCGUGCUACACAUUUACAGACACAAUAAGUCACCAAGCAAACAUCAGACAUUAGUUUGCACCACGGAAAUACUGCAUUGCCUAUUUAGUAGCCUGCACUCAUAUUUUUUUUUCAUUCAACGUUUUACUCCGAGGUGCAAAGAGGCGCGCCGGUUGAGCGCAAACUCCAGCGAUUGAAUGGUUGAAUCUGUUUCACAUGCGGGCACGCUGCACGGAUGAUACAGGCUGGGUGAAUAUUUAUCCGGCCGGUGGACAGUCGAGCACUCGGACAACCGGCUAGCCAGUCUGCUGCGGGGUUGGGGAGAGAUGUCCCCGUUAUUCAUGGACACGAUGUACCAGCCCAACAGCCCCGGAUCACCGUCAGCUGAGGAGAGCCACAGCAACACGGCUGGAUCGGAGAGGGAAGGAGAGGGACAACAGGUGAAAAAGAGGGGGACAAAAAGACGAGACAAGAACAGAGAUGCUGCGAGGAAGAGCCGCAGAAAACAAACAGAGAGAGCGGACGAACUUCAUGAUGAGCUCCAGAGCCUGGAGCGAUCAAACUCAGCCCUUCAAAAGGAGAUUGCCUCGUUGAAAAAAGACCUCCACCUCUACACUACGACUCUGGAGCGCCACAAGCCUUUCUGCAGCCUCAGAGCCUCUGAAUCCAGCUCCAUCUUAACAACAGUCCUCCCAGUGUCCCCCUCAGCUGACUGUCAGACCUGCUCCAGUCCUCCUAAAGUCCCUCCCCGGGCCUCAAGCUCCACUUUGGUUGCUGGCCCUUCACUCUCUACCUCGUUUACCUCCAGCUUGGAGCUUCAAACCCCUGACUGUGUUGAAAGCCCUCGUCUCUCACCUUCAGCUCCUGCUCCAACAACUACAACAUUAGCCUCAUCCACCAGCUCGCCAGCUGAACUCUUCACUUCCUCCAGUUCUGUAACUGUUCCCUAUUCUGCCUCUUUCUCCACAGUCCCGGCCCCUCACUCUUUGUUUAGCGAAGAUGCUCCUUCUCUAAUAACAUCAAGGCUGACAAAUCCUAUGCAUUUCUGCACCAGCCUUGUUUCAAGCCCUGUACCCUCCAGCUCGCUCACCACAGCUGCUCAGCCUCAGUCUGGGCGGGGCACCGUCCACAACAGUCCUUCAGUGACAGCAAAUGUGGGUUUUUCUACACUUCAUCCUGGCGCCCUGGAUGCCUUUCUAAUGAAACAAGCCUCUUUUCCAACUGCUCCUUCGAAUGUAGUGCCCCCUUACUCUCAUUCACAGGACGUGGGUCUAGUAGUGCAAGCCUGUUCCACGAAUGUGUCCCAGCUUCAUCCAAGUCAGUUUAGCGGCAAUCCAAUCAGUUCAAGUCAGCCAUGUUCUCUUUUACCGCCGACUUUUCAAGAUCCUGCUCUUCAGUCCUUCUUAGCGUCCCCUCAACCAAACCCAGAACUGUCUCCUGCCUCUGCUUUUGCCUUAAAUACAAGUUACAGUCCACACGUCUCACCAGCGUCUCUGCUGUCCCUGCUCACCGUCCCGAGUCCCCUUAGUAUGUCUCAGGCUAGCUCCAGCAGCUUUGACGGGCCUCUCUCUCAACCUCUACCCUCUCUGCCCCCACUGGAGGAUCCCCCAAGGGAUCUCUCCCUCUCUGAGCUCCUGGAGAUCAAUGAUUGGAUACUACAGUAAGUGGGACUAGUAACCAGUGGCACGUAGGCAAGUAAGAGCAGUUUCCAUGUGCCAAAAUCGACAUUUAAUUGAUAUCUUUCUGUAACAGUUUAAUCAAACUGGAUUAUUAUAAACCAGCUUGGACAAUGGCCAUUCAAUUGAGGUACCAAAUCACAGCACAGAGACAUCUGAUGAUUGAAAUCUCAGUCUUCUUCUGAAAGAACUACAGCCCAGCUUAUUAGAAGGGAAAAUAUGCAGGCCGAGUACAAUAGUAAAAUGCAAGACUUUAUGAGUAAACCCAGACAUCUGGCAUCUGAAUGGAAACAUUGACAUCAGAGAGUGAACCAAAGCGGCAAGCAAAUGUCUGGCCUGUUGCUCACAUUCAACUUUCCUAGCGGAGGUUUCAGAGACUGGAGUCCGUUUUUUCUUUACUCCUAUAGCUGCUUGAAUCUCUAACUUUGCUGCAUAACAGCUCAAAACGCUGUGCACUAAAUUAGCCACACGUGGGUCCAUGGUUUCUAAGCCCUUGUAGGUGAAAUAUGAAUUAACAAUUAAAUAAAAGUGUACAGUUUUUUUUAUUUUUGAAUAAAUCACAGUUAGGCAUUAUCUUUUCCUAAAUCCACAGACGAGACACUGAAAAACUCAACAUUCAAAGUGGUAAUUUUAGAUAGGGUGGAGUUCUCACUUCCUUGCAACUUCAGGGAAAUUUCAUUAGGAGAAAUUUCCAUCUGUGCCUGCAGCUGCAGUGUGAACAUAUGAAUUGCCAAAGUUAACCGCACAGCCCCGGAUUAGCUGCAUAUUACAUCAUAUUACAUUACAGGCAUUUUGAUUUAACUCGAUGAAACUUUAUUCUUUAUGGUUUCUUUUCUUUUUACCUUGUUUAAAGCACAUUAUCGAACACACAUAUUUUGCUGCUACUGAUUUAUUUACUGAUAUGAAAUUUAUUUAUGUAUUGCAAUAUUUGAAUCCAAGAAAAAAAGUCAGUCAAUUUGCUGAGAUUUCUUUUUGAUUUUUAAAAGCUACAAUUUAUUUUUAUACAUUUCUUAUGAUUGAAGAUUUAUCUAUUUUCUUUUUAAUUAUUUCUUCUGUUUUGUUCAUUCGUUAAUUAAUUAAUUUCUGCCUUUUACCAGACUUUGCUUGCAGGGGUGGAUUAUUAACCAGACAAAGUGCCCAGGGCCCCAACCCUUAGGGGCCCCAGUGUCCCCAUAUUAAAUGUGUGUUGGAUUGAGGUAAUUGAUAUGAUUGCAACUAAUAAAUAGUGGGGGUAUCUGUAAUAUUUAUCUGUCUUGGGCCAUCUAGUGGUAAAAUCCUGCCAUGAGCAAUUUAUUUGUGAGCUCAAGACCCUCCAGACAAAUGUAUGCAUGACAUCACAUAUUUUUGAAUUGGCUUGUAAUAAUGUAAAAACUUGAGUUUCACCAGUGUGUGGGAAAAGCAGUGAACAGCAGGAUGAGCUUUUUGAAGGAUGAUAAUGGUGACAGGCUCAUCGAGUCAGAAACAGAUCAAGGGGCCCAUUGACACCCCUCACCGCUGUGGCUCUAGACAAUGGUUGUAUAAUUAAAAAUUCACUUUUUUGUGCUUAUUUCACGUGAAUCAAAUGAGAGAAAUAACGUGAUUUUCCCAUUUGACUUCCUUGUCAUGCAUCUGACAACACGAGAACCAUGUGGCUGCUCAAACCUGUUCUAUGGGAGCUACUGCAGUAAAGGAAAUUAAGAGUGACGAUUUUGGUUUUUCAAAGGAUGAUUUACAUAGAUUAUUCUGCUUUACAAACAAUAUAUCUGUAGAUAUGGCCUAGUUGUGGCUUUUGUAUUUUGUAUUUAUCAUAAAUUAGAUUAAUAUAUUUAUGUUGUGAUACAGAGAAGGUCUUAAAAAAUAAAAACAUUUUACUAAAACACGUUUAUUUGUUAUUAAAAGACAUUAUUACUGUUACACUACAUUUGAGCAUUUUAACAUAAAUGUUAUGUGAACACAAGUUUCAUCAUUCAGCUGUUGAUAUCAUCUCAGUUUAACAGAUUGAACACUGUCAUGAAUAGGACAUCAACAUUGCACCUUGUUGCUUAUUGACAAUUUUUGGCCAGUUGUUGGUGGUCGGUUCACCCCUUUGGUCC